AUGGAGACAAACCUAGAUACAUCUGAAUCUGAGGAGUACGAGGAUGACUUGCUUAAAUUGGAGCAGGGUGACAUCCUGUGCUCUAGCACGAACGAUUACAUAGUGCAGGAAUUCUUGGGCAGCGGCUCCUUUGGAAACGUUGUGAAGGGUGUUAUAAGAGCAACCAACGAAAAUGUGGCAAUCAAAAUCUUGAAGGACCACCCACGUGUUGUUAAAUAUGCUAAGGCUGAGGUGGAAAUCCUCUCCCAGCUGAACAAGGAAAAUCCAGACAAAUUUAACGUUGUUAAGCACUAUGAGUAUUUCCAACACAACGAUAACAUGUGCCUUGUGUUCGAGAUGUUAGAUAUCAGCCUAUACGACUUUAUUAAGAAACGCAACAAUAGGCCGCUUCCUGUGAGACACAUACGCCCUAUUGUGCAGCAGGUGGGCAAUGCACUGGAUAAACUAAAGAGUCUACAGAUAAUUCAUACCGACUUGAAGCCAGAGAAUAUCAUGUUGGUAAACACGUCCAAGUACCCAUUCAAGAUCAAGGUCAUAGACUUUGGUUGUGCCAUCCAUACAUCCAAGGUUCGAGUUCCAAGUUACAUUCAAACAAGAUACUAUAGGUCCCCAGAAAUAAUAUUAGGAUUACCGUUCUCGGAGGCUAUCGACAUGUGGUCUGUGGGGUGUAUCAUCGCAGAGCUUUUUACAGGAUAUCCAUUGUAUCCUGGAUCAUCUGAGUAUGAUCAGAUCCGCUACAUCACUGAGACCCAGGGUUUGCCCCCUGAUAACAUGCUCAAUUUGGGAGCAAAGACCGAGGAUUACUUUAGAAACGACAGCGAAUGUGAGGUUUUAUUAUGGAGUUUAAAGAGUGAAAACCACUACGAAUAUGAGACUGGUAUUAGUCCAGUGGAAACAAGGAGAUAUGUCUUCAGCUCUCUUGAUGAUAUGAGGAAGGUAAUUUUACCAUUAAAGUUGGUGAGCAGUGACACGCUGGUGGAGAUGGGAGACGUAUGGCAGUUUAUUGAUCUGCUGAAGGAAAUGCUUACUAUGGACCCAGACAAGAGAAUAACUCCGAUAGGCCUUCUCAGCCAUCCCUUCAUAACCAUGGCACAUCUCCAGCACUUUGCACGGAGUUCAUACGUAAAUCAUUGCUUCCAGGCCAUGGAGAUAAACAAAGAACAGGAGGUGUGUCCCGAGUCAGAGUCAUCUAAUGAAGAGGAAAAAGAGAAGGAUUACAACGAGAGACUUCUGGAACUUCAAUGUGCAGCUGAAGAUGUAAUGGUUUCUCCAGCUUGUGGGAUGGGGAUCAUUAUUCAUAACUCUAAUUAUAACGUGAACACAGACAUAGAACAGGAAAUGUGGCCUGAUCCUCCAGAAAUGGAGACAGAGUCAUCGAAUGAAGAGGAAAAAGAGAAGGAUUACAACGGGAGACUUCUGGAACUUCAAUGUGCAGCUGAAGAUGUAAUGGUUUCUCCAGCUUGUGGGAUGGGGAUCAUUAUUCAUAACUCUAAUUAUAACGUGAACACAGACAUAGAACAGGUGUGUUUCGAGUCUCCAGAAAUGGAGACAGAGUCAUCGAAUGAAGAGGAAAAAGAGAAGGAUUACAACGGGAGACUUCUGGAACUUCAAUGUGCAGCUGAAGAUGUAAUGGUUUCUCCAGCUUGUGGGAUGGGGAUCAUUAUUCAUAACUCUAAUUAUAACGUGAACACAGACAUAGAACAGGUGUGUUUCGAGUCUCCAGAAAUGGAGACAGAGUCAUCGAAUGAAGAGGAAAAAGAGAAGGAUUACAACGGGAGACUUCUGGAACUUCAAUGUGCAGCUGAAGAUGUAAUGGUUUCUCCAGCUUGUGGGAUGGGGAUCAUUAUUCAUAACUCUAAUUAUAACGUGAACACAGACAUAGAACAGGUGUGUUUCGAGUCUCCAGAAAUGGAGACAGAGUCAUCGAAUGAAGAGGAAAAAGAGAAGGAUUACAACGGGAGACUUCUGGAACUUGUGAGUGCUUCCAUGGGUGUAACUGGGUGCAAGAAUCAAAGAAUCUCAGUCCCCCCUAAGCAAUGCAUCUGCGUGAGAUGA